AUGGCAAGCAACGCGAAGUCGAGAUGGGCAGACAGCGAAGAGGACGCCGCCCUCGAGGCUAAGCUAAAGGCCGAAAAGGAGGAGAAGAAGCGCCUGAAGGCUGAAAAGGCACGCAAGGCCGAGGCGGAACGAUUGGCGCAGCAGGCGAGGGCCAACACCGACAAUGGCACCGCGAACGACGACGACGGUGACGACACACGGCCGGCGAAACGGCGCAAGUUCACCCCGGAUGUAGAAGGUGGAAGAAAACCCAUCACGACAGGCGAUGCGUCAGACAACAAGGAGGGCGCUGCGAAGCUCAUGCGGUUUCCUUCCAGCCGCUGGGGCAAGUGCCGGAGUGUGGAGAACUACGACAAGCUCAAUGACAUUGAAGAGGGCACGUACGGAUGGGUGUCGCGGGCGAAAGAGGUUGUGAGCGGCAAGGUGGUUGCGCUGAAGCGUUUGAAGAUUGAGCCGAGCGAUCGCAAUGGCUUGCCGGUAACGGGCCUGCGGGAGAUACAGAUACUGCGCGACUGCAGCCACCGCAAUAUCGUGAAUCUGGAAGAGGUCGUGGUGGGUGAUGAUACGUCAAAGAUUGAAAAUAUCUUUCUCGUACUAGAAUUCGUCGAACACGACCUCAAGAGUAUCCUAGAGGACAUGCCCGAGCCCUUCCUCCUGUCAGAAGUCAAAACACUGCUCCGGCAACUGACGGCGGGCGUUGCGUACCUCCACGAUAACUGGAUCCUACACCGCGACCUCAAGACGUCAAACUUGCUACUCAACAACCGGGGCCAGCUCAAGAUCGCCGACUUCGGCAUGGCGCGGUAUGUUGGCGACCCACCACCGAAGCUUACGCAGCUUGUCGUGACGCUGUGGUACCGGUCGCCGGAGCUGCUCCUCGGUGCCCGGGCCUACGGCCGCGCCGUCGAUAUGUGGAGCGUUGGCUGCAUCUUUGGCGAGCUCCUCACGCGUGAGCCCCUCUUGCAGGGAACCAACGAGGUCGACCAGGUGACCAAGAUCUUUGAGCUUUGCGGCGUGCCGACGCAGGAGUCGUGGCCGUCGUUCCGCAGCCUCCCAAACGCGCGGUCGUUGCGCUUCCCAAAGACGUCGCUGGCCACGGGCUCUGUAAUCCGGGCCAAGUUCACGACAUUGACGAAUGCUGGGUGUGCGUUGCUGAACGAUUUGUUGUCCCUGAAUCCGGAUUCGAGGCCGUCAGCCAGGGAGAUGCUGGACCACAAGUACUUUAGAGAGGACCCAAAACCCAAGAAGGAGGGCAUGUUCCCGACCUUCCCUAGCAAGGCGGGCCAGGAGAGGAGGAGACGUCAUGAGCCGAAUGCUCCUGUCCGUGGGCAAAAUGCUGUUGAACUAGGUGAUGUCGACUUCAGCGGCAUCUUUCAGGGCAGAGAUAAGGAAGAGAGAGGCGGUGGCUUCUCCUUGCGGAUGGUGUAA